CCCCGUUCCUCUAACCUCCAUGAUUUUAAAUCCACCAGCUCUCCCAUCCCUUCAUUCCUUCCUUCUCCUUCCCCUGUCUCUCUCCUCUCUUAUACCAAAGUUUCCAUCUUUCACAUUCAAAAAAACACUUCCUUUUCACCAAAUUCAUAUAUCCUCCUUAUGCCUUAGGUGCUGAAUCCCACAAACCUAAACACAUCCCCAUCUCUUUCUUCCUCAUCAGUGAUGAAGAUGGGCCAGAAGCAUUUACACGAGCUGCUGGGAGAAGACCAAGAACCCUUCCUUCUCAACUCCUUCGUCGACGACAGGAGCUUCCGCAUUGUUAGGAGACAGCCCGUUGAAUCCCAACUACAGCUUAAGAAACAGAGGCCCGCUUCGCGGAACUUGAUAUUCUCUGGAAACCUCAGUAAGGUCUCCUGCUUUACCGCAUUCCUCGACUCUCCCAAACCUAGACGAUCCCCGAUACGCUUCGAACUCCGGUCUCCUAAGAGCCCCGGCUCCACCUCCCUCCAUGUGCCCGGGGAAACAGCUGCCCUGCUGCUUGAAGCAGCUCUCAGGAUACAGAAGAACUUUGCUCCGACUACGCCUCCUAGGCCAUCGAGUGGGAUCCCGGGAUUCCGACUAUUCAGGUCGUUGCUGAAGAGGCUGACGCACCGUAGUUGGACUGGGAAAGUGAAGCAGAGGAGCAGCUGCGAAGAACCGAGUUGCUGCGCUUGCAGUGGUAGUGAUGGUGAUGGUGAGAGGCAAUGUUCUUCUUCAGGGAUUGAGGCAGAGUGGGGCAGUGGCUUUCAAGAAUAUGACGGGAAUGUCGGGUUUGAGCCACUGGCAAGAGACAGUAAAGAGGUUUGUGUUUGCCGUGAUGAGAAGUUCUGCGAGAGCCCCUUCAGGUUUGUGCUCCAAGGAAGCCCUCACUUCAGUCAUCAUACGCCGGAAAUCACAUCAUCAGCGAAGUCGUCUUCGAUCCGCCAUCUCUCAAAGGACAAAGGUAGCUCUGACCCGGACAGCUUAAAAAAAUUGAUGGGGGACCAUGAAGAGGACGAAGAAGAGAAAGAGCAGUGCAGUCCUGUGUGCGUACUCGACCCUCCAUUCGAGGACGACAACGAUGAUGAAGAUGCACAUGGACACGUGGACGGUGGUAUUAACAGUUUCGAUUACGAGAGAAGCUUCGCCGUUGUACAGAGGGCAAAACAGCAGCUCCUGCGCAAGCUCUACAGGUUCGAGAAGCUCGCGGAGCUGGAACCAGUCGAACUCGAGAAAAGGCUGCUGGAACAAGACAGUGAAGAAGAUGAUGGAACUAAUGAGAUGGAAUCUGCUGUUUUUUCUCUUGAAGAAGUGCUUGGGAAGAGCACUCAAGAGCAAGAGAAAAUCCCAGAUGGUGCGACUGAAUUGGUCAAGUGUGUCUUAGCAGAGGAAGAUCGGAAACAGUAUUGCUCCGAGGACCGUGAGUCUGUGACAAGGGGGUUCUGCAAGAGGUUGCUGCUGUGGAGGGAGGCAGAUUUCAAUAAGAUUGAUAUGAUGGUGGAACGAGAUCUGAGGGGAGAUCUCGAUGGUUGGAUGAACAGAGAUCAAGAACAGGUUGGAGAGGCUGCAAGGGAGAUUGAAAUCGCCAUCUUCGGGUUGAUGCUAGGGGAGUUGGCUGAAGAGCUACUCAGUCUCCCGUGACUGUGAUCUGGAAAAAGUCUCUGAAGUAUCUCGCCAAUGUAAAUUUUUGGUUCGACUCCCUACUAAUAUGUACCACCGGGUUUCAUGCCAUGUUCGUUACGAAGAAAUGGAAAGCGAGGCAGGAAGGAGUCUAUACAAAACCAGAGUAAUUCUAUGUGGCGGCUCCAUUCCUUCCCAUUUCAUUCCUUCGCAACGAUCAUGGACAUGGAUGGGGGAUAUUAUAAGUCUAUUUAGAGCCUCACGGUCUAACUUGUAUCCCCUACGCAUUGAUAAGUUAGAGAGGUUAUGAAAAAUUGGACUAAGCAAACUAAGACGAAAUCCGUAGUAAUUAACAUAUAUAUUCUUUUCCUUUUCCUCUGUUGAUUUCCUCAGAUUGUGUAAUCUGUUAAUUUAUAAAAGUUAGCACAGUUUAUGCGAGUGAAGAAAAA